AUGAUCUGCCAAAGGUGCCGAACACAUCUCCUCUCCCGGCUGCAAUUCCAGCAACAUGUCGUCGCAUCGCCUUCGUCAUGCGCUCGUCUGUCCCCGUUAGUCAAGAGUCAGGUCCGCCUCUACAGCGACAAUGCUCCUAUGCCUCCUCCUCCAACCCCACGCCAGCCGCCGGAGGCCAAGAAACCUAUUAGCAUUCCGUCGGCGACACCUUCAGCUACUCCCAGCGCAUCACAGCCUGCGAGCACGCCAGAAGAAGGGAAACCCUCAGCGAAGCCAGAGAAGCCCGCAAGGCCGGCGGUGGAGCGACCGCCCAGCAGUUGUCCUGCCGGAACGAAACUGCAGGGUCUCAACUACAUGAAGAACAAGCCCGAUAUCUAUGCCAUGGAAGACUCAGAAUACCCGGAUUGGCUGUGGACGUUGUUAGAUGAGUCGAAAAAGAAGUCCGACUCUGAGACUGGCGGGGUGGAUCUAAGCUCCAUGACCAAGAAGCAACGCAAACGAUAUGAGAAGAAGAUGGCCGCGCUCGCCGCAUCGCAACCGCCCAAGGUUCCGCUCCACGAACAGUCGAUAGAUAUCACUCCCGCUCCGUACAACAGAACCGAUGACGGACCCAAAGACAUUGUGGCCGAAGCAGCCGAGAGUCUCGAGAAGAGGGCAGAGAUUACCAAGAGCGCCCGGGAAGCUAGACGCAAGGGAAUCCGCGAAUCGAACUUCUUGCGUGGUCUGUAA